UUUCUAGGAAGUUUCCGCCUUUCCUUUCAAAAUCCAAACAUUAUUGACGUUACUGAACACCACCUUCCUCUACCUCCAUCUCUUGAUGCAUCAAAACCUCUUUAAUUCUCUACUAAAACCCUAACAAUAACAAACUUCUUCAGCUAACCUUUUAUUUUGAAAAAAGUAUACACAUCAACAAUGACUUCCCGUUCUCCAUUCACCUUUCGCCACGUCAUCGAAAGCAGGCACCGUCGUUCCACCUCCGAGAGGUCGUUGGAGACCUUCCCACCGGAGAGAUACUCGGGCCUUGUACGGCGUCGAGGAGGGUUGAUAUCGGUUCCCAGAAAUCUUAUCUCGGCGAAGCAGAAAAAUGAGUCAUCGUCAAAGAGAGUGCUGACGAAGUUGCUGCUGAAUGUAAAUAUAGAAAGGAGUUUAGGGCCUGUUCAUGUUAUUUUGUCACCAGAGAAUACAGUGAAGGAUUUGGUAAAGUCAGCGAUUGAUAUUUACGUAAAGGAAAGGAGAAGGCCACUCUUAGAGCAGAUUGACCCCGAUCGGUUUGAGCUCCAUUACUCACAGUUUAGCUUGGAAAGUUUGAAGCCAGAUGAGAAGUUGAUAAACUUGGGGUCUAGAAAUUUCUUCUUGUGCUCGAAGCCUUCAAACGCAGUCAAUUCUUCUUGCACAGAGGGAACAAAGAUGGCAAUUAAAUACCCAUUUCCAUUGACAAAGUUGAUGGAUUUCUUGCUAUAACUCCUUCCGUUUCUCUAACUUGUAAACGUUGAUGAUGCCUUGUGCGGUGCCUCUUUACCUCCCCAAAAAGGAAAGAGAAGAUCCAUCAACAUUUACAACUUAGCAUAAUCUGUAAACAGUGAGCGAUCAUCCCUUGAUUUUCAUACCCCAGAGCACUCCUCCUAGCUAUGCAUAUAGCAUUUCCUGUGAUACGGUCACGGCACAUUACUGGUGAUCAGUUGGAGAAUCAGCUUUACACUAAUCAGCUUCUUGUUGUGCAGAUGGGAAUUGAAAAUUCUACAUUUUUAUGCUGGGCAGAUAAAUUCUAUAUUAGAGUUAAACUAUUUGUGCACCCGUACUUGCACAGAUGUAAUUUCUAUGUAAAAACGUUGGUUCGAUUUAGCAGUAGUGAAAUUUUACACUUUUGUUUGA